GCACUUUGCUAGCUGCCAAUUCCAAUUCUACAUGCAUCCAGCUUGGACCUCCCUCUUUUGGUUUUUCAGUGUUUUGUUUCAGAAUUGUGCAAUAUCUCCCGCAACUUCAUUUCUUCAUUAAACUUUCAGACAGUGCUCAAGUUUUACAGUGCCACCUGCCAUGGCACAUCAGAUGACCCGUGUAGGAUUGGUUCUCCUCUUAUUGGUGAUGACAUCAUCAGCUCAAGAUACCUGUCCAGCGUCUUCUCUUAUUCAUGGCUCCCCUGGACAGCCUGGAAGGCCUGGAGCACCUGGCAAAAAUGGCAGGGAUGGACCACCUGGCAGGAAAGGAAACCAAGGUCCCCCUGGAGCAGCGGGUCUGGCUGGUCCCAAGGGACAAAAAGGUGAACCAGGCUAUGAAGGAACAACAGGGAAAGUUGGGCCUGAAGGUGAAAGCGGAGAACAAGGAGAGAAAGGUGCAAAGGGGGAGAAGGGUGAGCAAGGAGAUAUCGGAGACCACACAAGUACCCUGAAGUCAGCCUUCUCCAUGGCUAGAAGCACAGUCAUGAGCCCAAGAAAAUAUUUUCCAAUAAAGUUUGAUAAACAGAUAAGCAACGAACAAAACCAUUAUUUCUCGAGGGCUGCAAAAUUUAAGUGCCGAAUACCAGGCUUAUAUUAUUUCAGUUAUCAUGCCACCUCGAAAGGGAAUCUUUGUGUUAACAUCAUGCUCAAUCAGGAUAGGCAGGUUGGUUUCUGUGAUCAAGUCUACAAUACUUUCCAGGUGAGUUCUGGAGGAGUUGUCCUUAAACUGAAGGUUGAUGACUUCGUCCAUCUUGAAACAACUAAUGCCAACUCAAUGCUGGGAGUGGACGGAGCCGACAGUAUCUUCAAUGGAUUCCUCAUAUUCCCAGAUUAAAUCCGCAUUUGGAGGAUGACAGAGCCUUGCAGCUAAACAUCAUGUGUUUGUUCAAAGUCUUGUAAAGCUAUAAAGAUUUGUAUUGAAAAGGUAAGAUUUUGAAACAGCCCCAGAUGAUACCAGCAUACAGCUAGCUCAUUUCUCUCUGCUUUAUUUAAAGGUGUAUGCUCACUCAUCUAAAAUAAAAGGUUAAUGUUUUUGGUAAAGGGAGAAUUUGGUUGAAUGUCUUACUGUUUAUUGAAUCUGCUGUCUCCUAUGGAGCUGUUUCAAAACCCCAACAAUUAAUGAGACUGUAACAAUACUGCUUGAUUGACCAUUUAUGAUUUGUCAUGAUUUUUAAGAAAAUGGACAAUAGAUCAUGUUUUGAGUUUCCUGAAAGUUAUAUGCUUGAAUUUCCUGUAUGAUCUCUCAAGUGGUCAUGUAGUCAAGUCUUUAAAUAUAGUCCAUACUCAAUUGCAGCUCCUCCUUUGUCUUUGAUGACAGAAUAUGAUGAUUGAUGGAUGUGCCUUUACUUCUGUAAGUAUAAAAUACAUCAAUUGCAAUAUAAAAAUGAUCAGUGUAUCCUUAAUAAUUAGUACCUAACAUUGCAUCUACUUUAUGGAAAUGUAUUGAUUCAGCCUGCUCCAAACUGGUUAUGUACACUAAGCUUCAAUGUAUGCCUUCAAAUCUUAAAUAAAGUGAAUUACUUUA